CCGGAUACAAAAACCGCAGUUGGAACUUGGAAUCCUCCCCCUCGCGGUCGCCUCACCGCUGCCUAUAAAUCCGGCCCACGGUCCGGGCGACCGGCCACCUCGUUCCCCAUCGGCUCCAAUCAACAAGGUGACGCGAGCACGAGCACCCAUCCCCUCCUCCCCUUCUUCCCCGUCGUCGCGUGCCCUCGCCGCAGCCAUCUGCCAUGGCGGACCAGCUCACCGACGACCAGAUCGCGGAGUUCAAGGAGGCCUUCAGCCUCUUCGACAAGGAUGGCGACGGCUGCAUCACCACCAAGGAGCUUGGAACUGUGAUGCGCUCCCUUGGCCAGAACCCUACCGAGGCAGAGCUGCAGGACAUGAUCAAUGAGGUUGAUGCUGAUGGCAAUGGGACCAUUGACUUCCCAGAGUUCCUGAACCUGAUGGCAAGGAAGAUGAAGGACACCGACUCUGAGGAGGAGCUCAAGGAGGCCUUCCGCGUCUUUGACAAGGACCAGAAUGGUUUCAUCUCGGCUGCUGAGCUCCGCCAUGUCAUGACCAACCUCGGCGAGAAGCUGACCGACGAGGAGGUCGACGAGAUGAUCCGUGAGGCUGACGUCGAUGGCGACGGCCAGAUCAACUAUGAAGAGUUUGUUAAGGUUAUGAUGGCCAAGUGAGGAGCGGUCCCCAUGAAAUAAGUAUAUCUAUAAAUUGAAGCGAGUUAUCAUGCACAAAAGCUGUACUUUGUCAUGUCCCUUUGAGUACGCAUCAGUAUCAUGCAGUUGGUAAUGUCUGAGUAGUGGUCGGUUUUAGGUGGUGUAGUCAUGGGAACGCGACAUCAGAUACCUGGUUUCUUUUGAUUGUGAUGUUAUCUUGCAUUAUUGCACACCUGUUGGAGCUUUUAGGAUUUGUUGAAGCUCGUAUUUUUCAGGGGUUUUGGUUCUUUUGUGCGAGUCUUGUAUCUUGUGUGCGUUGCAUUGCAUUGUUGUGUUAUAGCUUAUGCUGGCAUGUGGCCUUGUUAUGUGA